AUGUUUCAAUCAAUUCGUGAAAUGCCAGAACCACAAAAAGCAAACGCGUUAAGGCUUUUUGAUACAAUGCGAAAUCCAAGAGGCAAACAUGCUAACGAAAUCAUUUCGCCUUACCUCCAAAAAAAGGCUCUUGAAUUUAUUACAGAGCAUCCAAAAAAUCAAGCUAAAAAAUUAAAGGCUGAAAAUAUCGAGUUAAAGUCAGUAAAUAGAAGGUUAAUGCGAAAUAAUAAAAAACUAAUACACAAAAUCCAGUCAAUAGGUAGUUCAAACAGACUUCUUCAAAACAAAAUUAAAAAUCGAAUUUCAACUAUUCGAUCAUUAAUAAGAAAAUCGAAGCAAAUUCCCCCUAAUGAAUUUAAGCGUCAAAUUAAUCUGUUAUUUAAAACAAAUAAUCGUGAAUACUCGCCCCAAAUGGUCUGGCUUUCGACCAAGAUUUCGCAAAUUGGGCAAACUUCUUUAACCGCGACAGCUGAAUCGUUACGUCUAGUCUAUGAAUUCUUAACCGGAGAGCCCCCACAAAGAUGGUUAUCCGUGACGACCCUAAGUACUUGGCAUAAAGAAGUUUCACAAAUUGAAACUGAAGCUGGAAUACAUAAGGCCACACAAUGUUCAUGCUAUGGAAUCCUCGUCGAUGAAUCAACUCGUGGAGAAUUUAAAUAUUUCGUAGUAUGCAUAAUGUUUUGGGAUUAUAAAAAAAACAUACCAUCAGUUACUGUGACCAAUCUUGAGGAUUUAAAUAAUUGCACUGGCCGAUCGGUAGCAGAAAGUACUCUCAAAGCAAUUACGAAUCACGGGCUUGAUCCUAAAAAAUGUUUAACAUGGGUAACGGACAAUACGGCCUAUAUGUCAGGUAAUAAAAAAGGCGCGAUUGUCCAAUUUAAUAAGAAAGCAAAUGUAGAUACAGUAAGAAUCGGUUGCGGAAUGCAUAUAAUGCAUAUUGUUUUUUCGAACUUUGAAGAGACAGCAUUUGGCAAGUCACCCUCUUCAAUAGGAUUUUCCUGGACACCACAACCGUAUAACCUUCUAUAUUUAGCUUGGUAUCUCCACGACGGAUAUGACUCAAGCAAUAAAGGAAAACCUCUCAAUAUGAAAUCAAGUUGGAUUCAAAAAUUAUAUGACGGAUUAUUAGGGUAUCAUUUCUCUCAAUACCAAUUGCCAAUUCGGGGUCGUUGGGGAUAUGAAUUACUUGCUGCAAAGCAAUAUUUAGCCCGGCGCGAAGCACAUAUAGAAUUUACGAACUGGUUCAUUCAGGAACUUGAGAAUAAUCAGAAUACGCCAGCUACAUAUCUUUCAGAUUGGCGUUUAUUUCGGGAUUGGCUCCUAAACGAAAAAUUAAAUAUUCAAGUUAAGUGCUUAGUUACUUUCGGCGAGCACUUAUAUGAGCCAUUGAUGCAAUUUAUGGUCGGAAAAGAUCCUAUACCCCGUAUUCAAGUAGAAAACCGUUUGGUUCAACUUUUACCUGGCCGACGUGCUCACGAAAUGCCGGACAAAGUGAAUGAAUAG